AUGUCCUGGGCUCUUUUCCUUAGCCUCUUGGUAGUGUGGGGCAAAGGAGCAACUUCGCAAAGUCUGGUGUCUCAACCUCCGUCAGCCUCAGUAUCCCCAGGAAACACGGUGAAAUUGGCCUGCGCCUUGGGCAGCAGUGUCAACAUCGGCAGCACCAGGAUGUACUGGUACCAGCAAAAGCCUCCGAGCUCUCCGCGUUUUCUCUUGCACUACCACACGGAUUCUGACACGGGGCACGGUUCUGGAGUUCCUUCUAGAUUCUCUGGUUCUAAAGAAACCUCCACCAAUACUGCUUACGUAACCGUUUCUGGAGUUCUGGCCGAAGACGAGGCUGAUUAUUACUGUGCUAUAGGGGACAACGAGGAGCAAAAGUUUCUCGUGAUUCAAAAGCUGGAUGAUCUCAAUCACCAGAAGCCCAAGAAGGUCUACAACAUGUUGGGAGCGUCUCUCAUUGUCCUUCUGGGGAUCUGGUGCACAGGAUGCCGUUCCAAUCCUACAGUGAUUCAGGAAUCCUCCAUGUCACCUUCCCCAGGACAGACGGUCAAACUCUCUUGUUCCCUGAGCAGUGGACAAGUAACAAAUUAUUACCAAUCAUGGUAUCAACAGAAAGAAGGAGGUCCUCCCACAUUCCUUUAUGGUUACUACAGCAGUGCAACUGCCGGCUCUGGUGAUCUCAGCCGCUUCUCUGCCUCCAAGGAAAGCAGCCAAAAUAAAUGGUAUUUGACCAUCAGGGAUGUCCAGCCAGGAGACGAGGCUGAUUAUUACUGUGGUGUGUGGUAUGGUGCUAGUAAUGUGUUCCACAGUGAUACAAGCCUGUGA